UUGUCAUGGAGCAUAAUUCAGUUGUUCCUAGUAAAAUUUGAAUAUGUCUUCUAAAAAGUUGCCUCAAAACUCAAAAACUACCCAAUCUACUGAUCUUACAUGAGACACCUAAUUUAGAUUCCUUCCGGUGAUAGAUAUUUAUAUUGAAAUUUUAAUUUUAUCCGAGAAAAUCUGAUAAUUACUCAGCGGGCAAGUGAAAGCGAAUUUUCGGAAAUGGCAUCUGUUUCUAAUUUAAUUAGGAAAAUUUUCGAUAGCUACGAUGUUGUGGCAGUUGAAGAAGAACAGAAUCGUGACUCGAUGGAAAUUCAAAAAUCCAUAUUGGACCCAGACCAGAUAAAAUCGAAAGCUAUUGAUGAUUUCAAAAAUCUUAAUUGCAUUGAGUUGUAUUUUGAAGAAAACGAUUCGGAAGAAGUCAUUGCAUUGGAGAACAUUGGAAACGAGCCAUCAGUUAUUUCUUUUAAUAGACUCAAUAUACCUAUUCUCUAUAAAUGCCCGAAUUGCGAAACUCAUUUUCCAAGUGAAUAUCAAUGUCAAAAGCAUUAUUGCAAUGUUAAGUCCAAAUUUUCCCAAGCAAGCUUCUAUGACAUGGACCAAAAUAUUGAAGAUAUUUUAGAGACUUUGCAUCUUCCCAAAAAUAUUGAUGAUCAAAAUCAGGAUACUGCUUACCAGUCUAUUAAAAAUAAACUUGAUAAGGACGCCUCUCAAAAAACGUUUCUGAACAUCUAUUGCAACAAGAAGCCUAAAUAUCAAAAAAUAGCCCCUAAGAAGAGGAAUUGUUCAAUUGCUUGUGCAGAAGAGUCCAAAUGCGAAAAAGGCAUUUACGUAUUUGAUAGUUUGGGGGCCCAUCAGAACAAAUACAUUUUUACUUGCAGCACUUGCCCAGAGAUAUUUCAAAGCGCCAAAGCGCUUUCAACCCAUACAGAGCUUCAUAAGAGUUUGAAGCCUUAUGAGUGCGAUAUUUGCAAACGCAGUUUCUGGAAAAACUGCCAUUUAUGGCAACACAUGAAAUUUCACCUGGGAAUCAAGCCGUUCGCAUGUCCUCACGAGGGUUGCGAAGCCCGUUACACCAUCAGACCUGAUCUUAAGGAUCACAUUUGUAAAGUCCACACUAGGGAGAGGCGUUUUAGGUGUAACGUAUGCAAUAAACAUUUUUUGACUGGUUCUGUUUAUUAUCAACAUCGAAUGAUUCACACUAAUGAUAGACGACAUGCAUGUGAUGUGUGCGAUAGAAAAUUCCUCAGAUCUAGCGCUCUAAGACAACACUACCGUAUCCAUACCAAUGAAAAACCAUAUAAAUGCGCAUACAAUAAUUGCGGCAAAAGUUUUAGGCAGAAAGGUGACAGAAACGCGCAUUUGCGUACGCAGCAUCUAAAUGUUCAUAAUGACCAUAACAGAUCUCCGAGAAUGUUACUACCAAAGAAUAUAUGAUGGAAAGCUACAUCAAAUUCGGAAAAGUAGUACUUAUUAGAAAAUUUAUGAAAUAUGUAUUUUUUUUUUAUGAUUUUGAAUUUAAACAGUUGUUUCAGUGUAAAAAUUAAGGAAUCGGUUCUCAACCUGUGGGGACGGCUUAUUACUAGGUAUUGUAAGAAAAUAUGUGACUAUUUAUGCUAUUUAUUAUUUAAGUAAGUAUCACUAAUUUGAUAAACAUUUAAUUGGGACUUCAAAAACGUUAUAAAGGCAGACGGGUUCGCAUACUGAAAAUUGGUAUGUAUAUUUCGUUUGACAAAUGCAGAUUUAAUAAGGACUAAGGAUCAAAGAGCAAUUUUUCAUUAACUGCAAUAUUUUAAAUUUCAAAUUGUUUAAUUUUUAGUUUUAAUUUAUAUUAUUAUGUUCAUAUGUACCAUUGCGAUCAAAUAAAAGUUGUACAAAAAGUAUUAGCUCCCAAUGUAACAUACAAAAAUUUGACAGUGAAUAACCAAAAUAAUCACGAAAUAAGUUGGGCUCAGGCAAUGACAUAUUCUAGGCUAAAAACGGAUGAAAAAUGCCAAAAUAAUAUUCUUUUUUGUUAUAAAUUAAAUUAUUAUAUAAUAGACCAGAAGAUUUUGGGUAUUUUUAUUGUUCUACUUUUUUUUAAUCGCAAUGGAAGAUAUUAUUUUUCAGAUUUGAAUGUGCAAACUUGCAAAAAAACCACACUUGAAUCACAUUACAUUCUGAUAAGUAGAUAAAGUAUGAAGGAUUAGCAUUAAUUGUAGAUAUUUAAUAAGUAGGUGUGAAGCAUAUGCAAAAAAAAAUUAUGUAUACUUCAUGCAGUUUAUGUGUUAUAGCAAAAAUUGUGCAACUGUUAGCACAGUUUUAGAGUACGUUCCAUGUUGUUAUGUUUUCAUAGUUUAAACUUCUUGUUUUAAUUAUUAAGUUUUAAGAGUUUGUUAUCCAAGUUAUCAGUUUUAUAGACAUUUGAUGAGUAUAUUGAAGGUAUGAAACUAAAAAAAUUGUUCAAAUUAAACGGAAAUAAUUGGCAACGAAUUUGCUUCUUUGAGAAAAUUUUCCCUCUUUACAUCCAGUGAAUGUUGAUAUAAAUAUAAAGUUUAAAAGUUUU